AUGACAAAACGGCAGGCAAUUGAGGCGUUGGACAGAAGCAUGCGCGACAUCAUGGAAUGCCCAAACCGACCUUUCGGGGGCAAGACUAUCGUGUUCGGUGGGGACUUCAGGCAGGUGCUUCCUGUAGUGAGGAAAGGGUCACGGGGUCAGAUAAUCGACGCAAGUCUGCGGAGCUCAAACCUCUGGAAGGGCAUGCGCCAGCUAAGGCUUGUCAAGAACAUGAGGGCACAGAGCGACGAGUGCUUUGCGGAUUACCUCCUAAGGAGGCUUGCCUACGAUGAGAUACUAGCGGCAGUUGCGGCUUCUCUAGCAACCUCACUAAACCACGACCAGAGGCUUGCCUACGAUGAGAUACUAGCGGCAGUUGAUGGCGGAGAUGGGGGCGUAUUCUUCGUCGAUGGCCCAGGAGGCACGGGGAAGACCUACCUUUAUAGGGCACUGCUCGCUAGGGUUCGGAGCGAGAGAAAGAUAGCGUUGGCUACAGCAACAUCAGGAGUCGCCGCUUCGAUCAUGCCAGGAGGAAGGACAGCCCACUCGAGGUUCAAGAUCCCACUAAACCUUGAAGAAGGAAAAUCAUGCAACUUCACUAAGCAGAGUGGGACAGCCAAGCUCCUGAGGAUGGCUUCACUCAUACUAUGGGACGAGGCAACCAUGACAAAACGGCAGGCAAUUGAGGCGUUGGACAGAAGCAUGCGCGACAUCAUGGAAUGCCCAAACCGACCUUUCGGGGGCAAGACUAUCGUGUUCGGUGGGGACUUCAGGCAGGUGCUUCCUGUAGUGAGGAAAGGGUCACGGGGUCAGAUAAUCGAUGCAAGUCUGCGGAGCUCAAACCUCUGGAAGGGCAUGCGCCAGCUAAGGCUUGUCAAGAACAUGAGGGCACAGAGCGACGAGUGCUUUGCGGAUUACCUCCUAAGGGUAGGUAAUGGCACUGAGGAAACUGACGAGGACGGAAACAUUCGGCUUCCGAAAGAUAUAUGUGUCUCGUCUACAGGCGACAACGCGGCUGAUAUAAAGAAGCUGAUCGACCAUGUGUUCCCUGCCCUAGACCACAACAUGGACAAUCCUAAUUACAUGACUUCUCGAGCUAUCCUCUCCACAAGGAAUGACAACGUCGAUGGAAUAAACAUGCACAUGAUCGAGCGUUUCCAGGGCGAGGAGAGGAUCUACUAUAGCUUCGAUAGUGCGGAGAACGAUCCGCACGGAUACUAUCCUCAAGAGUUCCUGAAUGACCUAACUCCUAAUGGGCUUCCCCCGCACGAGCUUAAACUGAAGAUAAAUUGCCCUGUUAUACUGUUGAGGAACCUUGACCCGGCUAACGGGCUAUGUAAUGGCACGAGGCUUGUGGUCCGUGGGUUCCAGAGUAACGCCAUCGACGCAGAGAUCGUCGUGGGACAGCACGCAGGAGAGAGGGUGUUUCUUCCUCGGAUACCUUUAUGCCCAUCCGACAAUGACAUGUUUCCGUUCAGAUUCAAGAGGAAGCAGUUCCCCAUUAGGCUCAGCUUUGCCAUGACAAUCAACAAGGCACAAGGGCAGACCAUCCCAACUGUAGGCGUGUACCUACCGGAGCCGGUGUUCUCUCAUGGCCAGCUCUACGUCGCCUUGUCCAGAGCCACCGCAAAAAGUAACAUCAAGAUCCUCGCCAUCAAGGACGAAGGGAAGGACAAAACCAAGAAUUCAAAGAAACGAAAAAGAACAAAGUCCUUAGUAACGAGCACGUUGAACAUAGUCUACAAGGAUGUCCUUAACACUUGA